CCGCGCGGCGGUCAGAGAGGUCACCUCCCGUCGGCCGCCGGUGCCGAGACCAUGUGACUGCGGCGCCGCCGGCCACCAUGAGGCAGGGAGUGGGGGCUCUGGCGACCCUGCUUCUUGUGGGCUUGGUCCUCGCUCUGGAUACAGCGUCCUUUUACGGCGCCAGUCACGCGCGUGUGGCGCUGAAGGACGCCGGUCGGACCAACUCUGUGCGGCUGCGGCUGCUGACCGGCCAGACCGACUGUCUGCUGCUGGUGGCAGCCGGACCGACCGACUACCUCCUCAUGCUGCUCGAAGGCGGGCGCCUCAAGGUCCGUUUGAACCUGGGGGACGGCGAGGGCGAGGUGUCUUCCCCGGUCGGCCACCGUUUGAAUGACCUCUCCUGGCACGAUAUCUCCCUGGAAAGGAACGGAGCUCAGGUCACACUCGUAGUGGAUAAAAAGCACAAGUCCUGGGUGCGGCUGCCUGGGAAGUUGUCCGAGCUGAACAUCCACUACGGCGUGUUUGUGGGCGGCAUGGGCGACUUCUCCCAGAUCUUUCUGGGCCUGCUCAGCCCGUUUCGCGGCUGUCUGUCGGAUGCUGUGUAUAACGGCGUUCACCUGCUGCGAGUGGCGCGGGAGCGGGGCUCGACCCGGCGCGUCGCCGGGGGCUGCAGUGACCAGUUCGCUGCCUCCACCGGCGCUACCAUGGUGUUCACCGAGAGGACGGCGUUCGCCGUGCUGCGACCGGAGACAGUAGCGGUCAGUCCAUCGGGGACGGUGCCUGGAGCAUUCCCCGCUCCGUCACUGGCCACCACCAUACAGCUGCAGCUGCGGACUGCCGUGGAGGACGGCUCGGUGGUGCACCUGGAGUCGGAGACACCCGAGCGACCGGGACAGUCGGCGCAGCCGCAGUCGCCACCGCCGCGAGUGGAGCUCCUGCUCCGGUCUGGCAGACUGAGGUUGACUGUCACCACUAUCAGUGGCUGGCAGGCACACCUGGAUGGCACCACUACAGUGGCGGACAAUGAGUGGCACCAGAUCGCGGUGUCCGUCUCAGCGACCAGUGCAUCACUCUCUAUGGACGGCGGUGACGUUGUGCAGGUAGCAAUGGCUUCUGCAGAGCUGGGAUCGCUACAAAGAUUAAUCUUGGGGUCAUCUGUGGGUCGGACAUCAGCCGCUGAGAGCUCUGAGGGCUUCAUAGGCUGCGUGCGAGGCCUGCGGGUCGGUGGUCUUCCUGUGGGGUUCCCUCAGGUGACAGAAAGUGAUGCGGUAGAGACCAGUUGCGAAACGGUGCGUCGGUGUGAAGACGGGAAAUGUGGUCAAGAUGAACAAUGCGAGCGAACUGCGGGCAAAGUGUGCCACUGCGGUGACGAUUGUGAUAGGGGUGCAGUAAGCGCGCCAGCGGACAGUCCAGCGAAUAGUGACAUAACAUUUUCAAAUAAACUAUUUACAUCAUCAGCGCUAGAAGUGACAGAAGGAGGUGAAUCUCUGCUUACUUCUCGCAACAUCAGGACCAAUUUCAACCUUACCCAGUACAAUAUGAGUGCGUCGGAUCUCACAUUCACGGUGCGUGUCGCUCCGGCGGAAGGCGAGCUCCUGUUCGUCGGUGGCGACGGAGGCCUGGUGAGGCGGUUCACGCUGCACGAGCUCCUGCAGGGGUCGGUGCGAUACGUCCACAGCGGCUCGGAAUCGGAUCGGGACCGGCUGGAGCUGCAGCCGAGCCUGCCGUCCGCCGGUCCACUAGUUCUGGACGUGCUGGUGAGCCCGGUGGACGACCCGCCGCGGCUGAUGCUGACCUCUGACAUCCUGACGAUGCCGGCCGGCGCGCGGCUGCCGCUGGACGGUGACCUGGUGCGGCUCUCAGACCCGGACACCGACCCUGAUCGGGUAGUGGUGACGGUGACUGCCGAUGGAGCCCAUGUGGAGCUGACCGACAGGCCCGGACAGACUGUGGGGGAGUUUACCCAGGCGCAGUUGGACUCAGGAGAGGUGGAGGUAGUGCUGAGUUCGGCCGCCACCGCUCAGCUCACAUUGCGGGCCUUCGACGGCCGGAGCAGGUCAGCGCCGGCGCAGCUGCACGUGGACAUGUUCCCUCUGCAGGUGACCGAGGUGCGGAACUCAGAGCUGGUGGUGUCGCUCGGCUCCGCUGCCGUCAUCACCACCGAGAAGCUGCAGUUUCGGACCAACGACCCGGGCGGCGACCUGGAGCUGCUGCUUACGGCGAUCUCACCACCUGCCGCCGGUCAGCUGGAGAGGCUCAGGGGAAACAAGCGCUGGGAACCGACCGACAGCUUCACACUGCUGCACCUGCAGCGAGAUGCGGUCCGGUACCGUCACACGGGUAGCAAACCCGGCCGGGACACUCUGAGACUACGGCUCUCCUACCGCGGCCUGUCUUGGCCGUCAGAGGUCACCUUCCACAUCAGCGCAGUAUCAGUCAGCCCUCGACUGGUCUACAACCGCGAGCUGGUCAUCAACCGCGCCCAGGAGGCGGCAGUUGGCGGCGACCACCUGCUAGCGGUGUGCGAGCCGGUCACCGACGGCCACGCAGCCGUCACCUUCCUCAUCGUGUCCACGCCGCAGUUCGGAGACCUGUUUUACGUGGAGCCGAGGUCGGGGCGCCGGACCCUGCUCAUCGUUGGCUCAGUGUUCUCACAGGAGGAUGUGAACAGCACCCGAAUCAUCUUCCGACUCCACCGGCGGUCACUGUCGGCCUUCUCAGACGAGUUCCGCUUCCGACUUGGCGUCGACACUUCUGAGCAUGAUCUGGGUGGCAGAGCUGUAACCGGUGCAGCCAAGAAAGUCCAGUCCGCCGUGCAAACGUUUCAAGUUCGCCACGUACCGGCGCGAACGGCUGGAAUGAUUGCCAUCGGUAAACUCGAGGUGGGCGAAGGAGGCUCUGUGACGCUGACUUCCGACGUCAUCAAGAUCGACAUCCCUCGCGUUGAGGCGCUCCUGUUUAAUGUGACGGAUCAGCCGGUGCACGGCCGGCUGCGGCUGAGCGGCGGCGGUGACGUGCGCCACUUCACCUCCGGCGAUCUGGACGCCGGCCGUCUGCGCUACGAACACGACGACUCGGAGACUCGCCGGGACCGGUUCUCGUUCGUGGCGCGCUCGCUGACGCCGGGCGCCGCGCUGCGCUACCGCGGCUCCGUCUCCGUCAGCGUGACGCUCAAGAACGACGAGCCGCCGCGGCGGGUCUCCAGUGCGCCGCUGUUUGUCGCGCGCGGCGGUCGGCGUGCUGUGCGCCGCGCGCAGUUGGCGUUUGCUGACGCGGACCUCGGCACCACGGCGGCGGACAUCCAGUACCGUCGGCGCUCGCUGCCGGCCGGCGCUCUCUACCUGCACCCCGACUACCAGACGGAGGUGGUGCGCUUCUCGCAGGCGGACAUCGACGCCGACCGGCUGGUGCUGCAGCACACUGGCGAGGACCGGUCGCGCGCGCUGCUCUGGGUCUCGGACGGGGUCCACUACGCUACUGCGGAGCUGGAGAUCGUCGCCUCAGAGCCUUUCGUGCGAGUGCGCCCGGCACCAUCGCUGGCGGUGCCGCGAGGCGAUAUUCAGACUCUGACCGCGGCCCAGCUGUGGCCCGAAACCAACAUCGAGGUGAGCGACGAGAACAUCAGGUUCGUGGUGACCGGAACGCCGGCGCACGGGUCGCUGCGUAUGCGCGGAUCACCGGCGGCCGAGUUCUCCUUCAGUGACGUGAUGCAGAACGCCACCGAGUACGAGAACGACGGCAGCGCGGCAGCGCGUGACUCACUGCAUCUGGAGGUGCGCGCCGGUCGGCUAUCCUCCAACGCCUCGCUGGAGUUUCACGUGCUGCCGGAGAGCUAUUGGGAGCCGCUGCGAGUCGUGCACAACCGAACAGCGCUGGUGGCUGAGGCCAGCUCAGUCACCGUCUCUGCCGACCACCUGCAGCUGAUGCACACCAGCGUCGACCCGGCGCACGUGCGGUACACGGUGACGGCCGGGCCGCUCUCCGGAUACCUCCUGCUGCUGGGACGCGCCACCCGGCCCGAGCACAUCACCUUCAGUCAGGCGGACGUCGACGCUGGGAAUCUCUCCUACGUGCAGACGGCAGCCAACGCCACCGAGGACUCGUUCGAGUUCUCCGUGACGAACGGGAUCGUGAGCACGGCCGGGCUGCGGUUCGUGUUUGAGGUGGCCCCGAGCCGCCUCCGGCUGGUGACGCGUAACGUCAGCGCGCUGGAGGGCGGCACGGUGACGGUGCCGGCCACGGCGCUCGGGGUGGCCAGCGCCUACCACCGGCGCCGGCUCAGCCACUUCCAGGUGCAGCAGCGGCCACGGCACGGCCGGCUCCAGCUGCGGGACAGACCCGGCGAGCCUCUGGACACCGUCAGCAUCGCCGACCUGCGAGCCGGCAGAGUGCAGUACGCCCACGCGGGCGACGAGAUCAGAGAGGAUUGUCUGACGGGCGCCAUGCACACUGAGACAGAGAGCUCCGAGCCGGGCACUCUCUGCUUCGAGAUCGGCGGCGUCAACGACCGCACCCCGCGCCUGGUGAACAACACCGGCGUCACGGUGUUCGCCGGCGGAGCGGCCGUCGUCACAACUACACAGCUGGACGCUGCGGACGCCGACCGGCCGCCGGACCGGCUGCGGUUCCUGGUGUCGGCCGCCGCCGAGUGCGCCCAGGUGACCCUGACCUCUGACCCGGGGUCGCCAGUGACAGCAUUCACGCGUGAUCAGCUGGUGGCCGGCCAGGUGGCCGUCGGCAGCGUAAACUCCGACAGCGACUCUUGCACUCUCCAAAUCAGCGUCAGUGACGGCGUUCACCAGAGUCCACCGGAGCCACUGGUGCUCUCUGUCGAGGAGCUCCAGCUACGAAUGGCCACCAACAGUCGGCUGCACGUGUUCCCGACAAUGCAGCAAACCAUCACCCGGGGACACCUUCUGGCGCGCACCAACGACCCCGGCUCGACGCCGCGACACAUUACCUACACGGUGCUUCAGAAGCCCAAGCUCGGCAAAAUCACCAGGGAGGGCCCGGACGGCCGGACUCGUGAGGUGAGCUCCUUCACCCAGGCGGACAUCAACGCCAGCCGGGUGCUGUACGAGCAGGAGGCGCCGCUGGACGCGCUCUCCGGUCGCGACGCCGUGCUGCUGAGGGUGGAGACGCCGCACGCCCGCCCUCUGACCCCCGUCCGGCUGGCGGUGCGUGUCUCGGUGACCGCCAUGACACGAGGAGGUCUGCGGGGGUACACGGCCGCCGUGCCGCUUGCGGUGACAGAGGGCGGCCGCGGCACCGUCACACCCCGCCAGCUGGACGUGGAGGGCGUGGCGGCGUUCCUUCGGAGCCACGCGGCCGCCGGGAGGGCUCCCGAGCUGCGGGUCCGGCUCACGACACCUCCGCGGCACGGGGCGCUCUCGGUACCGCUCGACAGUCGACUGACUGCGAGCGACAUCGCCGAUGGCCGGCUGGUCUACCAGCACGAUCACUCGGACAGCAGCGAGGACAGCUUCGGCUACAGCCUGCUGCUGGUGACGCCGGCUGGUACCGUGCUCCUCUACAACGGCUCCGUGGAGGUGACGAUCACGGCCGUCAACGACCAGCCGUUCCGCCUGGAGACGCCGGCGCCGGGCGUGCGCGUCGUCCAGAAACAGACGGUCGUCAUCGAGCACACGCACCUGCACGUCAUCGACGCCGAUAACCCGCCGGCCGACAUCGUAUUCCGCAUCAUCAACGGGCCGAGCCGCGGCGUGCUGGAGCGUGCCGAGGCCCCCGGAAAGCGGGUGAUCACCUUCAGUCAAGAGGACGUGAACCUGGGCAGGCUGCAGUACCGGCAGGACGGCUCGCUAGGCAGCGACCAGUUCCACUUCAGCGUCAGUGACGGACACCACCAGCCUUUGGUGCUGGGGUUCGUCAUCACCAUCGAACCGCUGACGUUAGAGGUACGAGUGACCAACCCUGUGGAGAUCACCCAGGGAGAGAGCAAUACUGUGCUUGGCGCCGAUCUGCUCUCCGUCACAACCAACGGCCUCAGGGAACGCGUCUUCUUCAACGUGACCCGUGAGCCGCGGUACGGUGAGCUCCUGGUGACCUCCGACCCAGCGACGCGCUUUUCUCUGGCCGCUGUAGACUCCAGCAGUGUGACCUACCGUCAGGUAGACAUGCAGGCUAGUAACGACUCAUUUGAGGUCUGUGUCUACGACGAGCUGAACGUGGUGACGUCGGUGGCGAUACCCGUACACGUGCGGCCGCUGGUAACAGUCUCAGUGCUGCGGGCGGUGCCGGCGAGCCAAACGGUCAUCGGGCCUGCAGUUCUAGACGCUUCGCAGCUAGCCGCUGCCACAAAGAGUAACCCAGUCUUCCGGAUCGUGCGUGGAUCUCGACUGGGCUUUGUUUCUCAGCGAAUGGGCAGCGGUGGUGGCGGGGACGGUGGUGAGGGUGGUGACAGGGGCAGUGGGGCCGGGUCUCAGCCCGUCUGGAACCUAACCUCCUUCACGCACGCCGAGGUAGCCCAGGGUGCCGUGGUGUUUGUGUCUGUGGACGUUCCUCUGGGCGCCAACGACACGCUGGACGGCGGUAUCGAGUUGGAGCUGAGCGCACCGCGCGUGCAGCCGGCCAGACUGCGGCUGCCGGUGCUGUUGGUCAGCGCGGCCAGCCUCGCGCAGGCGGGCUCCGCGCCCGGCGUGAACUCAGUGCUGGGGCGCGGCCGGGGUCCGCCGACCGGAGUGUCGUUCAGACACGACCUGCUGCUGGUGGGCGGCGCGGUGGCGGCGGCCGCCGUGGGCUCAGUGCUGCUGCUGGUAACUGUGAAAUGUGUGACGGACCGGCGGCAGCGGCCGGCGCGAGCAGCCGCGGGACAGGCCGGGGACAGUGGCGGCGACCGGGACCCGGCGGCCGGUCAGAGCGCAGGUCACAGCCACAGGAAGACGGCGUUCGCGGGUGUGGCUCAGAGGGAGUGCGACUCCUGCUCGGCGGCCUCUCUGGAGCGGGCCCGCUCCCGGCGCGCGGCAGACAGUACCAGUGACCCGGAGUACAGCGGGUCGCCGUGCUCGCAGCUACAGGGACAGCAGUGGGUCUAGUGAUGGGUAUACUCAACUCAGUUUAAAAUGCUCGUACUCAUAGUAGAUGAAAUGGGUAAUGCUGUUAAUGAUGUCGGAUCUAUGUAGUCUAUAGAAAGGUUGAUGAAACUACUGAAAUAAUAUUCCGCUCAGGCGCUCGUGUGCUUUGAUUGCUAUUCAGCAUUCAGAACGGCAGAUGUUACGGUGACACUGUCAUGUUCGUUUAUUUACCAAAGUAAUUUAUCACCAAAAUCAAUAACUUCAGUAGCCGUUUCAUUCCACAACUGCUGAGAAUCGUUGUCCUGUCUAUUGUUAUGAGCAAGUGAUUGUGAAACGCAUUACGCAUGAUCAUCAUAACUCAAUUGCGAUCUCAUCCAAGCCAAGCCAAAUAAAGAGCAAUACGUUA